ACAUAGAUGAAGAAAUUGUCGAACAGACUCUCAGUGUCCACGGCAAGGAAGUCUCGGACGGCGUGCGAACACCUAGGCGCCGGCAACGUGCGGCGACAAUUGACCUUGGAGUCACCGGCGUCGGGCAGGAAAGUCUCCAGACUCAUUCGACGGGCAAUUUUUGAAGUGACGGCGAUAGUUCGCGGACGGACGGCGAAUGCAAAACCUGAUCCUCUGAACCUGCGGACGGAUCUGUGAGUGAGCAACAUGUCGGAAUGGGUAAACUACGACGCCGGAAGUAGGGUGCGCUGUUUUAGACGGCGGGUAGAGUACUGGCGACAGCAAUGAUAGCAGCGGGCAGCUAAGGUUUUGCGGCGAAAGAAAAAUUUGAGUUUCUUCUUAAGGUACUUUUAUGUUUGUACAUAUUGUCCAUUCCAUGACGGCCAUAAUCUUUUGUUCUCGACAAAUCUUAACUCCCAAAAAGUUUCGAGGCUUCGUUUCUGCGACCCACAAAUAUUUUGACCGUUUUAAAGUUGAAGUAUUUUCUAAAGAAGUGUGUGAGAUGAUAUUGGAUCAGUAUCCUGACAUCAAAACAUUGAAUAAACUCCACUCCAAGAUUGUUGUUAAUGAAGAUCUUCGGAUUGACCCAGCUCUUGCUAUUAAGCUUAUGAGAGCUUACGCUGCUUAUGGGGAAACAAGUGUUACCCGAUGCAUAUUUGAUAGUACUCUUGAAAGGAAUGUUGUCUUUUUUAAUGUCAUGAUAAGAAGUUAUGUGAACAACAACAUGUAUGUUGAAGCUCUUUCCAUUUAUCAAGGCAUGUCAAGUUUUGCUUUUAAUCCUGAUCAUUACACAUUCCCUUGUGUUUUGAAGGCAUGUUCUGGAUUGGAUAAUUUGAGGGUUGGGUUGCAAGUUCAUGAUGCAAUACUGAAAGUUGGUCUCGGCUCAAAUUUAUUUAUUGGUAAUGCUUUGGUAGCCAUGUAUGGUAAAUGUGGUUGUUUAAGGGAGGCUCGAAAAGUCCUUGAUCAAAUGCCAUACAGAGAUGUGGUUUCUUGGAAUUCAAUGGUUGCAGGGUACGCACAAAGUGGGCAAUUUGACAAUGCAUUGGAAAUUUGUAAGGAAAUGGGUUCUCUAAAGCUAAAUCAUAAUGCUGGUACAAUGGCUAGCCUUUUGCCUGCUGUGUGUUAUACAUCAUCGGAAAAUGUUCAGUAUAUCCAUAACAUGUUUGAGAGGAUGGCUAGGAAGAGUUUGGUUUCAUGGAACGUGAUGAUAGCAAUAUAUGUGAAUAAUUCUAUGCCAAAUGAAGCUGUCAGUUUAUUUUUGCAAAUGGAGGGAUGUGGGAUGAAACCAGAUGCAAUUACAAUUGCGAGCCUUCUUCCUGCUUGUGGGGACCUUUCAGCUCUAUUUCUAGGAAGGCGUCUACAUAAAUAUAUUGUGAAGGACAAUCUUCGACCAAAUUUGUUACUUGAGAAUGCAUUAAUUGACAUGUAUGCUAAGUGUGGAUGUUUAGAAGAAGCUAGGGAUGUAUUUGAUAAAAUGAAAUUGCGAGAUGUCGUGUCAUGGACAUCAAUGAUGUCUGCGUAUGGAAGAAGUGGUCGAGGCUAUGAUGCAGUGGCACUUUUUGCAAAAAUGCUAGACUCGGGUCUAAAUCCAGAUUCCAUUGCUUUUGUUUCUGUACUCUCUGCUUGUAGCCAUGCGGGAUUGUUGGACCAGGGGCGUCAUUACUUCCAUGUGAUGAUGGAACAAUAUAGGAUAGUUCCUAGGAUAGAACACUUUGCUUGCAUGGUAGAUCUAUUCGGACGAGCUGGUGAAGUCGAAGAAGCAUAUAGUUUCAUCAAGAAGAUGCCAAUGGAGCCAAAUGAAAGAGUUUGGGGUGCACUUUUGAGUGCUUGUCGAGUGCAUUCAAAGAUGGAUAUUGGACUUGUAGCUGCCGAUUGUCUUUUACAAUUGGCCCCUAAGCAAUCAAGCUACUAUGUCUUGUUAUCAAACAUUUAUGCAAAGGCUGGUAUGUGGAAAGAUGUAAUGGAUGUUCGAUAUGCAAUGAAGAAUUUAGGAAUUAAGAAAGUGCCGGGUAUUAGUAAUGUUGAACUUAAUGGUCAAGUUCAUACAUUUCUUGCUGGUGAUCAAUAUCAUCCACAAGCAAAGAAUAUAUAUGAAGAAUUGGAUGUAUUAGUUGGGAAAAUGAAGGAGUUAGGUUACAUUCCUCAAACUGAGUCUGCUCUCCAUGAUGUGGAGGUUGAGGAUAAAGAAUGUCAUCUAGCUAUUCAUAGUGAAAAGUUGGCCAUCGUCUUUGCCAUUUUAAACACGAGACAUGGUACACCAAUUCGAAUUACGAAAAACCUUCGUGUCUGUGGGGAUUGUCAUAUUGCUAUUAAACUUAUGUCCAAAUUAGUGUCACGCGACAUUAUUGUUAGAGAUUGCAAUCGUUUUCACCAUUUCAGUAAUGGAAUAUGCUCAUGUGGAGAUUACUGGUAAGCAUCCUAGAUGUUUAAGUAUUAAAAGAGAUCCUUUGGGAAAGGGACAAGCUUGUGGUGUCACCCUUGUCCUAUUCCUUGCCUUUUGAAGCUUUAGGUGAUAUAAUUUUCUUCUUUGAUUAUUUAUUCUCAUGGCUUUCAUUUGCAUUUUUAGUGUGAACUGUGAGAAUUUAUAUAUUUAAUUUUCUUGGUCUAAAGACGUAAAGUAGGAGGCUUUGAGAGGUUGAUGCUUCAUCAAUGAGAGGAGAGAUGUGGACAAGGAAAUGGAAGGGAAGAUGUGAACUUGUAUGUUUGGAGGGCAUUUUGCCUACCAUAAAUUUUGUCUAAGAUAAGUUUUAUAGCUUAUAAGUAAAUGAAGAAUUUAAUGUAUAAUAACAUUAUUACAUUUAUUUAAUUUUUUUUCCUGACAAAUAUCGUAUCACUAUAUUUUAUUA